AUGGCUAACUCUCUGUCUGCUGAGCAGCCAAUAAGCCAUGCAGAUGAGAACUCCACCCUGUUGCAAUUCAAACAAAGCUUUUCAAUUGACAAAUCCACUUCUAGUGAUCCUUUGCAUCAUGGGAGCUCGAAGGAGAUAGUGGUGAUUGCUGCUCAUGGGAUGGCGUCGAAUGCGAUCAGGAGAAGGGUCAUCUUAAGGGAAUUCCCAAAUUUCUUGCGCUUCCAAGACAAACUUUGUGUUCUAUCCCUUGCUGAAAACAAAAUUCAUGGCGAAAUUAUGGCAUGGAUGUGGAACACAAGUGUAGAAACUCUAGCGUGGUUAAGUCUUCGGAAUAACUUUCUAACAGGCUUUGAGCAACAACCAGAUAUCCUUCCAUGGGAUAAUUUAGGCGAAUUAGACCUUUCUUAUAACAGGCUACAAGGACCACUGCCAAUUCCACCAUUAUCCACCUCCUUUUAUAGUGUCUCAUACAACAGAUUGACAGGGGAACUUCCACCAUUGAUCUGUCGAUUGAGUUCUCUUUAUGUUCUUAAUUUGUCUAAUAACAACUUGACUGGAACUAUUCUUCCAUGUUUGAGUAACUUUAGUGAUUCUUUGAAAGUUCUAAAUCUCAAAGGCAACAACUUUCAGGGUCCCAUUCCUCACUCAUACAAUAGAGGAAACAAAUUAAAGAUGAUUGACUAUAGUGGUAAUCAAUUACAGGGGAAGGUGCCAGGAUCAUUGGCAAGUUGUACUGAACUUGAGAUUCUUGAUCUCUCAAAUAAUCUGAUUGACGAUAGAUUUCCCUUAUGGUUAGGAGAUCUUACAAAACUACAAGGACCGUUGCCAAUUCCACCAUUAUCCACCUGCUCUUAUAGUGUCUCACACAACGGAUUGACAGGAGAACUUCCACCAUUGAUCUGUCAAUUGAGUUCUCUUUAUGUUCUUGAUUUGUCUAAUAACAAUUUGACUGGAACUAUUCUUCCAUGUUUGAGUAACUUCAGUGAUUCUUUGAAAGUUCUAAAUCUCAAAGGCAACAACUUUCAGGGUCCCAUUCCUCACUCAUACAAUAGAGGAAACAAAUUGAAGAUGAUUGACUUCAGUGAUAAUAAAUUACAGGGGAAGGUGCCAAGAUCAUUGGCAAGUUGUACCGAUCUUGAGAUUCUUGAUCUCUCAAAUAAUCUGAUCGACAAUACAUUCCCCUUAUGGUUAGGAGAUCUUACGAAGUUACAGGUUCUCAUCUUGCGAUCCAACAAAUUCUAUGGUGCUAUAGGGAAUCCCAAAAUUAAGUUAGAGUUACCAAAUUUGCACAUCAUUGACCUCUCUCAUAAUGGUUUUACUGGCGAUUUGCCAUCAAAAUACUUUCAAAAUUGGAACGCAGUGAAAUUUUUUGAUGUCGACAAGAUGAAAUAUAUGGACACAAUCAUUGAAGUUCACACGAACAAUGACAUUUGGGGUGAUGGCUAUUGGUACACAAUGAACAUUACAAACAAAGGUGUAAAUACAGAAUAUCAGGAGAUCCUGAAUAUCUUCACUGUCAUUGAUCUCUCAAGCAACAAAUUUGAAGGGUUGAUUCCAGAAUUUAUUGGAAACCUUAAGGGGCUUAAGCUGCUUAACCUUUCCAACAAUAACCUUAAUGGUGGAAUCCCAUCAUGCUUCGGGAACCUAACAAACCUUGAAUCUUUGGACCUUUCUCAAAAUAAGCUCUAG